AUACAAGUGUGUGUCUGUGUGUGUGUAUGUUCGUUCUUGUGUUGUGCUAAUAUUGUUGCCCAUACAAUGCCAUGGCAUUCUCCCCCCCCAACCACCUCUUCCUUUCCCUUCCCCACCCUUGCACACACCACAUCAUUCAGUUCGCCAUCGUUGUUGUUGCCGUUGCGUACAAUUAGAAGGCAUUGCCAAUCGAUUUGUGUGAAAAGCCAAAGCUCAAAAGGUGGACGCCAAGGAAGUUGGUGGCAUGUGGCAUGUGGCAGGUGCGCGCAGUCUGAAAAAUGAAGUUCAACUUAAGCCUGAAGUUGCCAGUCAUGCAGUGUCGUUGUCGUCCUAGACGUGCCACCCAAAAAAAGGGACAAUAUUAAUGAAAAGACGUUGCAAAAAAUGUCACGUUCCCCCAUUUGAAUGAUGAUCAAGUCGCAAGGUCCCCCAAGAAGACCCGAGAAGAAAGAAAGGUCUCCAUUCCCCACAUAAAUAAUAAAUUUCUCAUCUCUCACUUAAAACUAAUUGGCAAAUAAAGCAUUAAAAUAUAAUCUUCAAAAUAUACUCAACAAACAACUUGAAAAUUACGCCAAUAUGCUGAAUUGAAAUUCUAACUAAAAUUUAUCUCAAACAUAAAUAAUAAAUUUGUCAUCUCUUACUUAAAACUAAUUGGUCAAUAAACCAUCUUCAAAUAAACUCAACGAUAUGUUGAAGCUAACUCAAAAGUGCGAAAUUGAAAUUCGUAUUUAUUUCUUUCCUAUAUUAAUAACACAUUUGUCAACUGUCACUUAAAACUAACUGGAAAAUAAACCUUUUAAAAAGAACUGAAAAAUAAUUUAAAAUCAUCUCGAAAAUAACUCAAAUAUGCGAAAAUGAAACACAAACUAAAGAAAACUGAACUGAAAGCAAAUUGCCGCAUUUAAUGGACGAUGCUACAAGUGAAUAAAAGUACUCAGACUCAGUGAAUCAUAUGAGUGUGUGAUGAUAGUGAAUGGUGAAUGGUGAAUAGUGCAUGGCUGAAGCAUAUGCCCAAUAAACAGAUGGAUAGUAAAGGAACCCAAAGUGCUUCCAUCAUAGAAACAAACUCCAUAACCAUGGACACCGAUAACCGCGGACGACAUCCAGCCAUGAACACCAACAUCAACAACAGCAGCAGUGGCGCCACCAACAGCAUACCUCGUAAUGGAGGCUUCUGUGGUGCACUGCAGCGUACCCCUCCCCCAAUGCCCCCUGGCCUGGCCCGACGCCUCGCCAGUCGCGAAUGCUACGGCGUGGGCAAAGUGAAAGUCAUGCUACGGGUCGCGGACAAGGCGUCCUCCAUCUCCAACUCCAUCACGAACUCGGGGGGACCCCAUUUUAUGGCCCUGGACAAGAAGAAGCGCCAGGUGACCCUCACAGAUCCCAAGAACGUCUGCGUUCCACAAGCCCAGGAAAGGGCUCCCAUGGUUGCCGCACCCAAGAUGUUUGCAUUCGAUAAUUUGUUCAGUGCAGAGGAUAAACAGUCGGACGUGUGUGCGGCAGCUUUGAGCGAGGUUAUACCUGCGGUACUCGAGGGCUCCGAUGGCUGUCUGCUGGCCAUGGGCUACCCGGGGACUGGGCAACCGCAGACGGUGCUGGGCGAUCUGGGAUCUUCAUCUUCGGGGAUGUGCGCUUUAGGGGCAGCGCCGUGUGCCAUCGCCUGGCUGUACAAGGGCAUCCAGGAGCGACGACAGAAGAGCGGAGCACGCUUCUCGGUGCGUGUGAGUGCCGUUGGCGUUAGCGCGACCAAACCGGAUGCUCUCUCCACGGAUUUGCUCAUCUCGCAUGCCGCUGAAUCUGACGACUCCCCGGGGAUUUAUUUGCGUGACGACUUCCUUGGUGGCCCAACGGAACUACGUGCACCCACCGCCGAGCGUGCGGCCCUCUUCCUCGACUCGGCCCUCGCCGGACGCUUAAAAAACUCCAACUCUACAACCAAUUCCAACUCCGCAACGAGCUCGAGCUCAUCGACGGCGCUGGAGUCCGCCCUCAUCUUUACGCUGCACGUCUACCAAUACAGCUUGUCCCGCAAGGGGGGUGUUGCUGGCGGUCGCAGCCGUUUACAUAUCAUCGACUUGGGCGGCUGUGCCAAUCGCAACGGGGGUCUGCCGCUCUCGGGAAUUGGCAACAUACUGCUGGCCAUAUUGAGUGGCCAGAGGCAUCCGCCACACAAGGACCACCCGCUGACGCCGUUGCUGAAGGAUUGCCUGGCGCCCAUUACCUGCCAUGUGGCAAUUGUCGCACAUGUGCUGCACGCGCAAAGCUAUCAGGAUGCACUCUCCACCAUCCAGAUUGCCUCGCGCAUCCAUCGCCUACGGCGUCGCAAACAUCGUGUUCCCAUGCCCCUUGCUGUGGGUCUCGCUCAGGGCAUGAAUCCGGGAGCGGGUGGCUCGUCAGCCGGUUCAGGGGCGGAUCCAUCAAGCUCGGAGAUCUCAGCAGACACAGUCAUAUACAUGGGACCCCAUGACGAUGCCACCGACGGCGAACAUCCGCCUGUCUAUUUGCCAUCGUUGAGUGCCGGCGACAAUCGCGGAUUGCUGAGCAAGGCGCUCAAGGGCAGCGGGGCAGAGAAGCCACCAGUUCAGGCACAACCCAAAUCCAACUGUGCCAGUCCAUUGAUGAAGAAGGCUGCCCUCGAAAAGGCCAAAAAACAACAAGCCACGCUGAGCUCCACUGGCAGCCUAAAGCGACAUAAUAAUUCUGGCAAUGCUGCCACCAGCUCCGCCAUGGCAGCACACAGUAGUUUGGUACAUGAACAGGUGCCACCAGGUUCGCCUCUGCCACGUCACAUGUGCUCCAAGUCAUCCAAUAUGCCCACGCCAAAGGGAUCGCCACUGCGGCGUCCACACGGCUCGACGCCAGGUGCAGCACUGGAACAGCUCGAGGCGGGCAUGCGAAAGAUUACCGAGGAACAGUGGAUCGAUGGACCGCGUGUCUCGCGCGCCAAGGUGGCGGAAGCGAGACAUCUGAUGCGUGAGGUGAACCACGUGAAGCAGUGUGAGACCUGGGUGGAUGGCCCGAAGUCAUCUCAGUCGUGUCGUUCACUCACUGCGGGCAAUCUGCCGACGGCCAACCAGACACAGGGCUAUGGCUUCAUGGAUGCGCACAAGAAGACCAUGAUACGUCAGUGGGUGGAGAAUCAGACCACGCAAGUCUUCCAGAACACAGCGUCCGCCAGCAAUUCGCCAACGGCACUGCACUUGAAGCUAUCGCAACUAAAGCAAAAAUCACUCGAUUUGCCAGCGGAGCGAACUGCUUUUCAAGCGGAAGCGGAGUUUGAUAGUCUGCCGCUGCUCAUGGGUAGCCAGGAUGUGCCACAGGAUGGCGAUGAUCAGGAUAGCGGACCGUCAGAAGUGCCGCCAGCGUUGCCGUUGCUCGAUGAUCCAUUGGUGGGCUCCAGGGACAUUUCCCACGACAGUCUGCAUCGCAUGCUGUCGCGUCAUGUGUCGCGUGAACAGCUGCAGGAGGCGGAGUUGGCUGCUAGUCGGAGCAGCUCGCAGCAUCCGUCGCAACGCAGCAUUGACUGUGGACUGCAGGUGACGGAGGAGGAAAUUGCACGCACAAUGGCUAGGGAAAGGGAGCGGGACAAGGAGAAGGAACAAGCGCAUCCCUUGGCGACGUUGAGUCACUGCGACAACUUGAGCUUUGUGUCCAGCUUCAACAUGGCCUGUGAGUCCUUCAGCGAGUGUGGCGAACGCGCGAGACAUCAAUUCGAUCAGCUGGCGCGUCUACACGAGAUCUUCACCUCCCAGCUGGCCAUGGCCGAGGUGACGCCCUCGGCGGCACUCUAUCGCACCGAUGUCGGGAGCGUGUUCAGUGAGCCCGCCUUUCGCUUCAACGUCGGACAGAGCAGCGUCUGCAGUGAGCCCGCCUAUCGCCUCACGCCCAGUCCGCCCAAGCAGCCGUCGCACAGUCCCAGUCAGGGAUCGCUGCCCAGCUUGAAUGGCAUUAUGGAGAUUGCGGGCAUGGAUGACUAUGCGUUGCUGCGUCAACCGGACGGUGCCUCGGAUCCCAGUUUGCCCAAGAGCGAGAAACGCUUUGCGCCGCAGCACGAUGACAUCAGUGAGCUGGAGGAGAAGUCGAUGGCAACGGCGGGCGGUAGACGUAACUCCCUCGAGGAUGCACAGCACAAGCUCAACGAGAUCACCAACAUCUUGCCACUAUCGGCACAAUCGCGACUGCCGCUGCUGCCGUUGAACACUAGCUCCGAGGCCUAUGACAGUGGCCACGAUUCUUCGACGCCGCGCACCUCGAAGCAUUCGGGGAUCUCGAGGCGAGCGGAGAGCGGUUAUCACAGUGUGGCGACAGUGCGCGACUCGGAUGAGAGCAGCUUUGCCUCGGGCAUGUCGAAGAAUCAGCGACAUCGCAUCACCAUAUCGGGUGGCAGCCAAGGUGGCAACUAUCAGAGGCAGGGCAAGAAGCGAACGCGUCACGAUGGCAGCGGCGGUGGCAACAAAGGACUCUGCAAUUGGCUGCUCAAUCCCUUCUCCUGCACGUAUCCCGAGACUGAGGGCGAGAUCAGUGAUUUCUAAGUUUGGCAGCGAGAUGACGAAGUUCGCACCCACCAAAAGAUAGAGAGAGGAAGAGUAACUAGAGCUAGUCCAGCAUUCAAAUGGCCAAAGAGAUUUACAAACACAAACACACACAGACACACAUCAUGAUGACAUAUGGAGAACACACUUGCUUUGGUGGAUCUCAACUAUACACAUACAUAUAUAUUGACAGCGACUGAUUAACUUUUACUUGGCGCCGGCAGCCACAAAAACAAAAAUCAAUUUUAAAUCGAUUCGCAAAAGGCGAAGAAUCGGUAAUCGAAUCUAAUCUAACCCAACUACCUAAUUAUACCUUAUAUACAUACCUAUGCUAUCAAUGAGACGCCAUUCACAACACUCAUUCACUCAAUCACUCAAUCACUCACUCAUUCACUCACUAAUACACGCAUAAGUUCAAACGGGGCUUUAAGCAUCUUAAGUUGCCAGCUAGCAUAAUGAGAAAUACAAUUUUAUGAGGGGGGCACUCAAGUGACGAACUCAAGUUUUUAACACUGAUAUCAAUUCGUAACAAUUAAGAGCGGCAGAAUUUAAUGAUGCACACGAGUGCCCCCAUUGUAUCUAUAUACAUAUAUAUACAUAAAUAUUUAAAUCAUAUUCCAACUUAAUCAGGCCACAAUCACUAUGUCUUUACAAGCGAGAAAAUAUGAUAAACAAAAUGGAAGUUAAAAGGAGAAGAGAUGCAUUAUAUACAUAUAUAUAUCAUAUAUACAUACAUACAUCUAUAUAUACAUGCAUAUAUAUACAUUAAUAUUACAACAACAACAGCAAAAAAGAAGCUAUUUAUUGUUUAUUUUGGGUUAUUCGAGAAAGAGAACGAAAACGAAAUCAAGAGAAUAGGAGAAGAUGGAAAAUUGUAUGCUAAAUGUUAAAUGUUUGCUUAUUCAAACACUUUAUUGCCAAUUAUAAGUUACAAAAUGUUUAAAUUAAUUGUUAGUUAGCUAAAGUUAUACAUCUACUAAAACAAACACACAAAUACACACACAAACACAAAAAACGAAGGGACAACUGCAAGAAGAGCAUGAAGAACAAGAACCACUGACUAUAAACGGUUUUUUCGAUGUAGACAAAUGUUAAACAUACAAUUUUGUUGCCAUUUUUGCCUAAUAAAACUAUGUUACCAAAACAAACGAACGAAACGUAAAAAAUUCAACAAAAAAAUACAAAAAAAACAAAAACAACAAGAAAACGAUAUAUAUAUUAUAUGUAUAUUUAUCAGAGAGAUAUUGUCUAA